AUCAGAAUAAUCAAUACCAAAGUAAUCGAAAUAAUAAUUUUAAUAAUCAAAGAAACUUUAGUAAUAAUUGGAGAAAUGAUGGCCCAAAUAAUAAUAGGAAUAAUAAUGGAGGUAAUUGGAGAAAUCAAGGAAGUAAUUCUCAGACUUAUGUUCCACCACAUGCUAGAUCAAAUGAGAACAAUUCUUCCUUAGAAAAAAUGUUAGGGGAUUUGACUAAAACUAUAUCUGACUUAAAAUCUGAACUGCCUAGCAUUAAAACUGAAUUGAGAUCUGAAUUUCAAAGAGAGUUACAUGAUGUUAAGCAGUACAUGAGUCAGUUAGGUAACACUCUCACCCACCGCUCACCAGGAAAUUUACCUAGUACAACUGAAUCAAAUCCACGUGAGCAUGUUCAAGCUGUAACCUUAAGAAGUGGAAAGAAGUUAGUUGAAGAGAUAGCAAACCAAGAACAUGUUUCUUGCAAUCUUGUAAAUGCUAUUGAUGCUUUAGAUGACUUCUGGUUUGGCACCUCUUCUGUUGAAGAUGGCCCACGUGACGAAGGUAUUAUAAGCAUGGCCAAUUCAGCAGAAGAGAAAUAUGUUGAGUUGAUGGAGUUGUGUGAUAAGGUUUUACAGGAAGAAGAGAAUGCAGAGCAAGUUUUGGGUGUUCAGGCUGAAGAAGAUGAUGAAGAAGAAGAGAAUAAACCUGAGCCUACUCCUGAACUAAAACCCUUACCCUCCCACUUGAAGUAUGCAUUCUUAGAUGAAGAAGAAAAAUGCCCAGUCAUUAUUGCAUUUGAACUAACCGAGGAGCAGAAAGGUAAGUUAAUAGAUUUGCUUAAGCUUUAUGGGCAUAUGGUUGAGGAGGAUUAUGAGGAGGAGGUUUUAAAUGUCACGCUGCCAGCUGCAUUCGAGAUGCACCUGCCACCAGGAGAGCCCCGUAAGCGUUUUCGCACAUGGGGAAGGAAGAGAACUCUUCUAGGGCCACUCUCUCUUGAUCAGGUGACCUUAGAGGAGUGGAACCAUUGCGAGGAGAUUGAUGGACUACUCGCAGACUCUCGUUGGCGCUACUUGCUCACCUUUGCAGAGCAGUCCAGUUUGGAGCUGACGAUCGAGUUUCUUUGCACCUACCAGUGUCUGCAUGGUGGCCGGCCUAUUAAGGAUGCAGCUGAUGUCAGACCCGAUUCCACCCUGACGUUUUCACUUAGUGGUCGAGCCUUCACCCUUUCCAUGGCCGAGUUUGGGCGUCAUUUGGGGAUAUACACUGAGGAGGAGGCACGCUCCCUUGUCUUUGCUGCUCUUCCGUAUUCCUUACCUUCAGAGUUCAGUCUUGAGCAGUUCUGGCGACAGCAUUUCCUGUCGACGACGCCGUUCAACAAGAACACAGCGCAUACUUGUCAGUGGAGGAGCAGCGCCUGGAGGAUACUCAGUUUUGUGCUUUCACAUGGUCUCUUCGGUCGUCCGACUAACUCAAAUCGGAUUGGCAUGAAGGACAUAUACUUCUUUUGGAGUUUGGCAGAAAGGGUUCAGGUCAACCUGGCUAUCUUCAUGGCUCAGUUCUUCCUACUUCAAGGGAAGAGCCAUAGGAAGACUCUUCAGGCAGGACCCUUUGUUACUCGCCUUGCACGUUCCCUUCUACCCGAGAUGCCGGGUAAUUUGCUUCCCAUUGACCAGAGCAUUCGCCCUCUGAGCACCACAUCUCUCACGAAGAUGGGGAUCGCGAAGAGGCGUCGAGUAGAGGAGAGUGAUGAGCCACCCCUGGAUUUCUUUGAUGGGCUUGAUACCACAGUCCAUUCUCCCACUCCAGAUGCCACAACGGGGACUUUCGUGGCUGGGGGAUCUUCUUCUUUUGUUCAGCCUGGGACGUACACAGCUUCGUCGAGUGGUGUUGAGGCAUCCAUGCUCCAGAAGAUCCUGGAGGAGAUGAUGAAAAUGAACACGAGGAUGGCGCUAUCGAGACUAGCAUACAAGACGUGAAGGACAUCAUGGAGACUGACCAUAGCGCCCAUGAGAAGCAAAUGAAGAGGAUGAAUGAACGCCUAGAGUCUCACACUGAGAAGCUCCAUGAGCUUGAGAUGCUGCUCGGUAUGAAUUGAAUUAAAGGUAUGGGCUAAUG